CUUGGAAGUGACGCGAACCUGCAAUCAAGUUUUCAACAUCGACGUCAUUUCCUUUAUGCUGAAGUUCAAGCAGGGAAUCAUUUCCGGUGGGGCCUAGUAAGAAGUGAGACAUACGGACUGAGAGGGUUUAUUUUCUGAUCACAAUGCCCUCCCCACGUCUCCUGGUGGCCCUCCUCCUGCUGUUGGUAUCAGCCUCCGUUGCCAAGUUCCAGGAGUUUGAUGAUGGCGAUGAUGGUACUGAGUAUGAUGACAAUGACUUUGCAGAGUUUGAGGAUGCACCAGAAGACACUGCCACCCAGCGUCCUCCCCUUCAGCACCCAACAGAGGAGGAGGAGCUUGAGGAAGACGAAGAUGAGGCCACAGUGGAACUAGAAGGACAAGAGGAAUUUGAGGAAGAUACAGAAGGACAGGAAGGGGACACUGAUAAUGAACCAUAUGAUGAUGAAGAAUUUGAAGGCUAUGAGGACAGACUGGAUACUGGAAGUCCCAACAAGAACAAAGAACCCAUCACCAUUGUAGACGUACCUGCUCACUUGCAGAACAGCUGGGAGAGCUAUUAUAUGGAGAUCCUGAUGGUAACUGGCCUGCUGGCUUACAUAAUGAACUAUAUAAUUGGAAAGAACAAAAACAGCCGUCUUGCGCAUGCUUGGUUCAACUCUCACCGGGAGCUUUUGGAGAGUAACUUCUCCCUUGUAGGUGAUGAUGGGACUAGUAAAGAUGCAGUGAGCACUGGGAAACUAAACCAAGAGAAUGAGCACAUCUACAACCUGUGGUGCUCUGGACGACUUUGCUGUGAAGGGAUGCUCAUUCAACUCAAAUUUCUCAAGCGUCAGGAUCUGCUUAAUGUUUUGGCUCGAAUGAUGCGUCCAACUUGUGACCAAGUGCAAAUAAAAGUUACAAUGAAUGAAGAAGAUAUGGACACCUAUGUAUUUGCUGUAGGGACUCGGAAGACCCUGACAAGGCUGCAGAAGGAAGUGCAGGACUUGAGUGAGUUCUGCAGCGACAAACCCAAGUCUGCAGCUAAGCUGGGUCUUCCAGAGUCUAUGGCUGUCCUGUCUGAAAUGGGGGAAGUGACGGACGGCCUUCUGGACACCAAGAUGAUUCACUAUCUAAGUCAUUAUGCUGAUAAGAUUGAAUCCAUUCACUUCUCUGAUCAAUUCUCUGGUCCAAAAAUUUUGCAAGAGGAAGGGCAGCCGCUCAAAUUGCCGGACACCAAGCGAACUCUUAUGUUUACGUUUAAUGUUCCUGGUUCUGGAAAUGCUACAGUCAAAGAUAUGGAAUCUCUCUUACCACUGAUGAACAUGGUGAUUUACAGCAUUGACAAAGUGAAGAAAUUUCGUCUGAAUAGAGAGGGUAAACAAAAGGCUGAUAAGAACCGUUCUCGAGUAGAAGAGAACUUCCUGAAGCUUACCCAUGUUCAACGCCAAGAGGCCGCUCAGAGCCGGCGUGAGGAAAAGAAGCGUGCUGAAAAGGAGCGCAUUAUGAAUGAAGAGGAUCCUGAGAAACAGAGACGUUUGGAGGAGGCUGCCCAGCGUCGUGAUCAGAAGAAGCUGGAAAAGAAGCAAAUGAAGAUGAAGCAGAUAAAAGUGAAAGCCAUGUAAUCCCAAACUCAGGGGAUCUGAGGGAAAAGGAGCACACUAGGCUCCAUCUAGCAACUAGUCAGUCUGUCACAGCAACUAGCAGCCUUAUGUACAGCAAUAACCAAUGUGUUCAUCAAUUAGCCACCAUGUCCAGCAAAAAAAAUGUAUUGACAGCAAUAAUUCCCUUAAUCAUCUACUGACCCUUCUUAUAUUACUGAGCAUAGAUUUGCAACCCCUUACACUACUUUGGUCAUCUACUAGCCACUAUUGGUUUUCACUGUCUACAACAAUGGUGUUUCUGCUAGGGACCCACUGCAAACCAUUACUCUGCCUGUGCACAUAACCGAUCUACCACUCGCACUACACACACCGUCUUUAAAUAACCACCUUGUGCCUAGACACAAGGAUACCAUGCUGUAAUGGCCAUUCUCUGCUUUAUCCAGUCAAAAGUGUCUCUGUAUAUAAGGCAGGUAGUUGCACAGUAUUUUAUCUUGUUGACUCUGGACAUAGACUAGACACAGUUUAAUAAUAAGCUUAUGUCUCCCCAAAUCCCUCUUGGCCCGCCCAUUCUUAUUGUGAUUAAUAUUUUAGGGACUAUUUAUGAGAUAUUGAAUUAUAAGUCUUUUACUACUUGACAGUAUUCAGGAUUGAUUUAAUAAUUGAUUCUACUGUAGUUAAAGGUUUUGGAUUUUAUCGUUUGAGCAACAUCUGGGGCUUUUUCUUGGAUCUAAGAAAUUAAUGGGAGGUGUUAAUUAAUCUUCCAUUCCACAUAUAUUUAUGAAAUUCCCAGUUUCUUUCAGUACAAUUUGAAGAAAUGCGUUUCCAUUCUGGAGUUAGUUUUCUUUCCUCUCAGAAUUUGUAUAUUAAAAUGUAUUUAAAUUCAGAUGCUGCUAGUAUUUUUUUAAAUAGUGUAUGUGUAUAUAAAUAAAUGCCAUUGCACUAUCA